AUGUCGGCGCCGUUCUUCAACACCGCCCCAGACACGGACCUCAGCCCUCCAGUAACGGGCUACUAUCCUCGGUUGCCUACAGUUGGCGGGGGCCUUUGGACUGUUCCGCUUCCCGGCAUCCGCUGCCCGACGUGUGCCGCGAAUGGUGAAGAGGUCUGGGUUGUGCCAGGCCUGAUCUGCCCAAAAUGCCGCAGUCCGGCGCCCGCCGAAGAGCGCGAAGAGGACCAGGUCGACUAA